GAUCACACCCUCAGAAUGGCCUCUAGCCCUGACGGGAUGCCUAGCCCACAGCCCUCCAGAGCCAAUGGGAAUAUCAACCUGGGACCUUCAGCCAACCCAAAUGCCAGGCCCACAGACUUCGACUUCCUCAAAGUCAUUGGCAAGGGGAACUAUGGGAAGGUCCUACUAGCCAAGCGCAAGUCCGACGGGAUGUUCUACGCAGUGAAGGUGUUGCAGAAAAAAUCCAUCUUAAAGAAUAAAGAGCAGAGCCAUAUCAUGGCAGAGCGCAACGUGCUGCUGAAGAACGUGCGGCACCCCUUCCUCGUGGGCCUGCGCUAUUCUUUCCAGACGCCUGAGAAGCUCUACUUUGUACUCGACUAUGUCAAUGGAGGAGAGCUCUUCUUCCACCUGCAGCGGGAGCGUAGGUUCCUGGAGCCCCGGGCCAGAUUCUAUACUGCUGAGGUGGCCAGCGCCAUUGGCUACCUGCACUCCCUCAACAUCAUUUACAGGGACCUAAAACCGGAGAACAUUCUCUUGGACUGCGAGGGACAUGUGGUGCUGACGGACUUCGGCCUUUGUAAGGAAGGCGUGGAGCCCGAGGACACCACGUCCACAUUCUGUGGCACCCCCGAGUACUUGGCUCCUGAAGUGCUUCGUAAGGAGCCUUACGAUCGGGCGGUGGACUGGUGGUGCUUAGGAGCAGUCCUCUACGAGAUGCUGCAUGGCCUGCCACCCUUCUACAGCCAAGACGUGUCCCAGAUGUAUGAGAACAUUCUGCACCAGCCACUACAGAUUCCUGGAGGCCGGACAGUGGCUGCCUGCGACCUCCUGCAAGGCCUUCUCCACAAAGACCAGAGGCAGAGGCUGGGCUCCAAGGCAGACUUUCUGGAGAUAAAGAACCAUGUAUUCUUCAGUCCCAUAAACUGGGAUGACUUGUACCACAAGAGGCUGACUCCGCCCUUCAACCCAAAUGUGGCAGGACCUGCUGACUUGAAACACUUUGACCCAGAGUUCACCCAAGAAGCAGUCUCCAAGUCUAUUGGCUGCACCCCUGAUACUAUGGCUAGCAGCUCAGGGGCCUCAAGUGCAUUCCUGGGAUUUUCCUAUGCCCCUGAGGAUGAUGACUUCUUGGACUGCUAGGAGAAGCACUUGUGAAGCCUCUGAGGCCAGCUGGUAAUAGGAGGAAUUACUUUCGGCUGCUAGUAAGACUCAACGUAAUGUAAUAAGUUUGAUGGAUUGAACAAGAAGUAGGGUCAUUUUUUCCCCAUC